UGGCAGCACGAUCGGCGGCCAUGUUGUAGAAAAAGUAAAGCGAGUGCGGAAUCGUUUUGGGAGCGUCAAAUAUUGGUUAAAACAUCAGAAGUGGCCGUGGUUUACCCAAAAUGUCGUCAAGUGAGGAUUUGUUAAACACUAAAACCGUUGAGCAACUGAAAUCAUGGUUGCGUAUCCUCGGGCGCAAAACAACAGGCAAUAAAGCCGAACUAAUUGUUCGCUUACAACAAAUUCCUGAGGAGCUUCGAGGAAAUUUUCGGAAUUCGACAGAAGACGUUGACGUUGACGCUGACGCCGACUUUACGCAAGCUACCAUUCCUGACGAAAUCAACGAAAGAGCGAGUAGUACAAACAUCACCGGCGAGUGUGGUGAGUUUGACAAUGGUGUUGUACCACAAAAUGACGCAAAUAUUCAAACGAGUGCUGCCAAGAAACAAAAAGAGAGUGAUACAAAUGAGUGGCGACUUUUAAAAGUCGAAUUGGAAUUAUUGAAGCGUGAAAAUGAACUUCUAAAGAGAGACAUUUCCAAUAAGCAAAAGUUCACAGAUGUGAAAGAUCUUAUUUCGGACUUUUCCGGUAGUGGUGAAUGCUUUAAACUAUGGCAAACACAACUAAAAAAUAUUCCGGGUGUUUACCAACUUAACGAUAACAACACAAGAGCACUAAUUGCAACUAAAUUAAAAGGCAAUGCGCUAAAGUGGUUGCAUUCCCGAAGUGAUUUGAUUUUAAUGCCUAUAGACAAGUUUUUAAUAGAAAUGAGCUCCCUCUUUGAAGAAAAAACAAGCAAUUUGAUGCUAAAGAAAAAAUUUGAAACCAGGCAGUGGUUGACUACCGAAUCGUUUCGAGAAUAUUUCCAUGAAAAGCUGAUUCUGGCAAAUAGAAUUCUAAUUGGAGAAGAUGAACUGGUUGAAUAUCUAAUUGAGGGUAUUCCGGAUAACACUUUACGUUCACAAGCUAAAAUGCAACGAUUUCUUGACAAAUAUGAAUUGUUAGAAGCAUUUAGAAAUAUUCAAUUGCCACGGUACAUAUCAAAGAGAAUUACAGCAGAUAAUCAACAUGAGCAGUCGAAUAAUGGACAACAAACAACAAAAGUCGUGAGAUGCUACAAUUGUAACUCUGUUGGACAUUUAGAGCUUGGUGCUUGCCAUGUAUGCACAGAAGUUGGCCAUUUUGCAGCAAAUUGUCCUCAAAGGAAGAGCCUCCCUGUACAACAUGUUACCGAAUUGACGGAAGACGAUGAAUUUGUAAGGUUUUUAAAUUAUUUGUUUAUUAAUUCAAAAUUUAGUUAUAAAACUUUAUUAUGAUCGUUGAUUGAUACGGGAAGCCCCAUUAGUUUUGUUCGCCAACAGUUCGUACCAGAUGCUGUAAUAAACAGAAAAAACAAUGAAUUCUUAAAAUAUAGUGGAAUAAACAAAAGUCCAUUAUCUAUUGUCGGAAAUGUAAACAGUUUUAUUUUAUUCAAAAAUAAAAAAAAUUGAAUUAACAAUGUUAGUUGUAACAAAUGAAACAAUGACUUAUCCAAUCAUUUUAGGAAGAGAUUUUUUAAGUAAGUCUAAUUUAAAAUUAGAAUGUAAAGUGGAUGAUUCGAAUUUCAAAGUCGGAAAUAAUACAUUUGAUGAAGAAUGUAAAAGAUUAAUGAAAAUUGAAUUUGAUAAUACAAAAAUGUUUGUGAAUUGCACUGAAGUAAUGGAAAUUAAAGCAAAAAACCCUAAUGUUUAUAUAAAAAAUGAUAAAAUAAGUGUCUAUACAAAACAAAAAUUUGUACAAAUAUUUCAAGAUUAUUAUAUGUGCUGUAAGCGUCCCGAUACACCAAAAAUUAGAUGUGAGAUGAAACUGUUGUUAAGUACAGAAAAACCUUUUAAUUGUCCUCCGAGAAGACUGUCAUACAGUGAAAAACAACAAGUCAGAGUUGUUUUAGAUGACUUAAUGCAAAAUAAGAUAAUUAGGCCGAGUAAGUCAGAAUAUUCUUCCCCCAUUGUUUUAGUAAGGAAAAAGACAGGUGAUAUACGGUUAUGUGUAGAUUUUCGUAGUUUGAAUAAGAUAACAUUGAAAGAUAACUAUCCUUUGCCUCUUAUUGAUGAUCUGCUAGACAGAUUAGCAAAUAAAUGUAUUUUUUCGUUAUUAGAUUUAAAGAGUGCGUUCUAUCACGUAGACAUGGUUGAAGAAUCAAUUAAAUACACUUCUUUUGUGACACCAAUGGGGCAGUACGAGUUUUUGAAAAUGCCUUUCGGUCUGAAAAAUGCCCCUUCAACUUUCCAGCGGUUUGUUAGCCAUGUUUUCGAUGAUCUGAUUCGGGCAGAGAAAAUUGCUAUUUAUUUAGACGAUAUCAUGAUAGCUACAAGUAAUGAAGAAGAGCAUUUAAGUAUUUUGCAGGAAGUUUUUGAUAAGUUAGUACAAAACAAAUUAGAAUUGAGAUUAGAUAAAUGUCAUUUUAUGGAGUCAGAAAUACGCUAUUUAGGAUAUAACAUUUCGAGUGAAGGUAUUCGACCGGAUGAAAAGAAUGUAGAAGCUAUAGUGAACUUUCCUAUACCAAGCAACACAAAAGCUGUACAUAGUUUUUUGGGCUUAUGCUCAUACUUUAGAAGAUUCGUUAAGGAUUUUUCGCGAGAAGCUCAGCCUCUAUACAAACUUAUAAAAAAAAUGUUAAAUUUACAUUUGGAGAAGACGAGUUACAGUGUUUUGAGAAACUUAAAAAUAAAUUAAUUGGGUCUCCUAUCUUAGCGAUUUACGACCCAA